AUUAAUUGGUUAUUACUUGUUAGUAGACAAGGCAAAGUUCGUCUCACAAAAUGGUUCGUUACCAUUCCACCAAAAGAAAAAGCCAAAAUUGUCAAAGAUGCCACACAACUUGUCUUGGCUAGAAGAGUAAAGAUGUGUAAUUUCCUCGAAUACAAAGAAAAGUGUUAUUUGGCGAAUAGAUACGCAAGUCUUUUUUUUGUAGCUGGCAUCAAUUCAGAUGAUAACGAACUCAUUACGCUCGAGAUUAUCCAUCGUUAUGUCGAAAUUCUUGAUCGCUAUUUUGGAAAUGUAUGUGAGCUGGAUUUGAUUUUCAACUUUCAAAAGGCAUAUUUUAUUUUGGACGAAUUACUUAUCGCAGGUGAAUUACAAGAGACCAGCAAAAAGUCGGUCUUGAGAGUGAUUACACAGGAGGAUCAGUUUGAGGAGCAAGAAGGAAACGAGCCUAAGGCUGCAUAG